CCCACCAUCGCAGCAUCUCAGUACCACAAAAAUCCCCUCAUUGGCAUAUGUCUCAGAGACCUUUCGUGCCUCACUCCUCCUCCAUAACUUUCAGCUUGCAUUCCCAUUUCCUCGUCUCCAGCGACCUCAGCCCCAACUGGCUUCUCUGAUUUCCAAUUUUUUCCCCUUAGAUCCAUUUUUGCUCCCUCUCGCUACCAAUUUUUUUUUUUUUUGUAGAGCAAUUUAGGUUUUUUUCACCAAGUUCUUUGUAGCAAUGGGCGUCAAGGGAUUCGUUGAGGGCGGAAUCGCUUCCAUCAUCGCCGGCUGCUCGACCCACCCGCUGGAUCUAAUCAAGGUCCGAAUGCAGCUGCAGGGCGAGAGCUUGGCUGCUCCCAACCCUGUCCUCCGCCCGGCUUUCGCUUUCAACAACGGCGGUGCCAUUUCCGCCAUCCACGUGACUGCCGCUCCACGCCCGUCCGUGGGUCCCGUCGCCGUCGGGUUGAACAUCCUCCGCCAGGAAGGAGCGGCGGCGCUGUUCUCCGGCGUCUCCGCCACCGUCCUCCGGCAGACCCUCUACUCUACCACCCGCAUGGGCCUCUACGACGUGCUGAAGACCAAGUGGACCAACCCGGAGACGGGGAACAUGCCGCUGGUCAGGAAAAUCACGGCCGGGCUCAUCGCCGGCGGAAUCGGCGCCGCCGUGGGGAACCCUGCCGACGUGGCGAUGGUGAGGAUGCAGGCGGACGGGAGGCUCCCCGCCGCUGCGCGGCGGAACUACACUAGCGUGGUGGACGCGAUUGGAUCGAUGGCGAGGAAGGAAGGGGUGGGAAGCCUCUGGCGCGGGUCGUCGCUGACGGUGAACCGGGCGAUGAUCGUGACGGCGUCGCAGCUGGCGUCGUACGACCAGAUAAAGGAGUCGAUUCUAGAGAAGGGCGUGAUGGGGGACGGGCUGGGGACGCACGUGACGGCGAGCUUUGCGGCGGGGUUCGUGGCGUCGGUGGCGUCGAAUCCGGUGGAUGUGAUAAAGACGAGGGUUAUGAACAUGAGCGUGGAGGUGGGGAAGGCGGCGCCGUACAGCGGGGCUUUGGACUGCGCGAUUAAGACGGUGAGGGCGGAAGGACCCAUGGCUCUCUACAAGGGAUUCAUCCCUACGAUUUCGAGGCAGGGGCCCUUCACUGUGGUGCUGUUUGUGACGCUUGAGCAGGUCAGGAAGCUGCUCAAGGAUUUCUAAACAGAACCAGCGCCUGAUGAUAUGAUGACGAAGAAGUUAAAGAUAGUUUCGAUUCUAUUCUUAAUUGAUGAUUAAUUAAUGGGUUUGAAGUUUGAUUAUGAUUAUGGUUUGUUGUUGCUGCUGCUGAGAUUGUUAGAGUAGCAAAAGUCUGGAGGCAUAUGUUGCGAGUUAUUGGAGAUGAAAUGGAAAUUGGGCAUAUCUAUCUUUAUCAUAUUCCCACUCUCACUGUCAACUGAUCCUCGCUUGUGCCUGUUCCGAUUCCCAGGUGCUGCCUGAUCCAAUUCAUCACGAGGUACAAAGGCUGCUGUGCUGCCUAUGGAAUCGGCUUCUGAUUUUGUGUGGUCGAAUCCACAAUCCAUAUUCUAUUCUAGUAAGGGUACGUUGAUGUUCAUCGUUAUACAAGAUUCUAAAAGCUUUAGGGAAGGGAAAGCGGAACGAACAUAGAGAGUAUAUGAAUGUGAACCGUAGCAAACGAUUUACCCAACCCCAGCAGGAAAUCAAGGAACCAUAAACUCUCAUUCUGGUCACGACACCUGCGUUCACAUGAACAAACCGAAGGCGGCGUAACUGACUGCGCCUUCUCUAAGAUCCUCCAGAGUUUCGUAUGAAAACUGGAUAUUGAUUGCUUCUCUUAUUAAAUAAGGCCCACGUGACGGCGUAACUGACUGCGCCUUCUCUAAGAUCCUCCAGAGUUUCGUAUGGAAACUGGAUAUUGAUUGCUUCUCUUAUGACUGUGAGCAUCGAAGUCCUUAUCGCUGGAGGUAAACCGGAAGACAUCGAGGUGGGUGGCAUCUCGAUCGUAGAAACAUCUCCAGACAUGUUUCAAAAACUGGUAUGGAUCACAACUCUAAUACCAUGAGAAAAAUGUAAUAUGGAAGACUAAAAAGUUAAUCUACACAAUAUUUACAUGGAGCAUUUCUACUAUGCUAUAUAGUAUUGGUACUUUAAUGUACAACUUAAAGUUGUACCAUAACAUGAAAUGUAUAAGUUUAGAUUGUACCAUAAAAGAAUUUGUACCAUUAUGUUAUGGUACAACUUUACAACGUGAAGUUGUACCAUCACAUAAAGGUACAAGUUCAAG